UCAAAAUAGGUGUGGGUGAGGCAGCACGUGGCACGGGGCGCCCGUGCCAACCACCGGCCGCCGCUACCACCAGUGCCGCCACCACCACGCCAGGAACAAGUGGCUCGACUCGCACGUGUCCGUGGCACUGUGGGUGUAGAGGCACUGCGGGUGUAGAUGCACUGUGGGUGUAGUGCAUCGGUGUGUUCUGCUAUAUGUGCCAGGACGCCCCAGAACACCCCUUCACCAUCUCGUGUCUGCGGCAGGCAUGGGCGAGGCCGGCGUAGUGUACACCAGCGUGGAGGGCCCCGCGGUGCCCCACUCCCCGCCCCGCGGAGAGACGCCCUGGCCGCCCUCCCCGCCGGGCCCCCACGACUCCCUUACGCUCCUGGCUGACAUCGCCCUCGUGUGUGCCGACAAGCCAUGGCUCGCCGCCCUUCGUCCCGAGGACUUGUCAGCCCACUACAGCACGCCGGCGCCGCCCCCGCCGCCGCCCGUGACGACCCUCCCGCCCACACGGGAGAGCAACACGCCGGUGCUGGAGCUGGACGCCAACACAACCAUCAUCACCGCUGCGCCCCAGCAUGACCUGCCCCUUAACCUCAGCACCAGUCCGCCCAGGACCCCAGACCACUCCCCGCCCGCUCCCACGCCCCCGACCACGCCCUCCCCACCGUCUCUCCGCGACGCUCACGUCUGCCCGGAGUGUGGCCGCACCUACUCCACCUCCUCCAACCUCGCCAGACACAGGCAGACACACCGCUCCCCGGACGACAAGAGGGCGGCCCGCAAGUGUCCGUACUGCGACAAGGUGUACGUGAGCACGCCCGCCUUCAGCCAGCACAUGCGGACUCACAACCAGGGCUGCAAGUGUCCGACGUGCGGCAAGUGCUUCUCCCGCCCCUGGCUGCUGCAAGGGCACAUCAGAACACACACAGGCGAGAAGCCGUUCCGGUGCAGCAUGUGCGGCAAGGCCUUCGCUGACAAGUCCAACCUUAGGGCUCACGUGCAGACCCACUCCAGCUUCAAGCCUUACGCCUGCAACCGAUGUGGAAAAUCGUUUGCCUUAAAAUCGUAUUUAUAUAAACACGAAGAGUCGUCAUCCUGCAUGAAGCUGCACCGCGCCCUCAGCCGCGGCAACACGACGCGCUCCUCUCCCCCGAGGGAAGAGCAACAGCAGCGGCGGGCGUCCUCGCCUCAACCGGACGGGGACGUGGGCGGCAGGGCGGCCUCGCGACCACUGCACACUGUCACCAUCCUGCGCUCGACGUCCCACGCCUCUGCCGUGCGGCCCCACUGAUUCAUCAUCACUCAGUAACACAUGAACACAAAGAUUCUCACACUGUUCACCAGCACUCAUGUGUCACAGUGGACCAGCGCAGUCACGAAGCAUCGCCGCCAGCUGCCAAUAAGCUUUCCAGAAUUGCUCGCGAUAAUGACUUUGUAAAUCUAUCAGCAAGACACAGUUCCGCUGGGAGCCAAUAGAUCCGCCGCGAGGAAACAAGAGAAGCGGCGGAAUAACAUUAGUAGUGCUUAUCUUUAAAUCUUAUUCUUGUAUAGACACUAUACGUAGCUGCUGCUUAUAGAUAGACUGAGCUAUAGAGGACAGGAGCCUUGUAGAUAAUGUAUGUAGUAGUCAGAAUGGGUCCAGUAGAGGUAAGGGGCGGGUUAUGGGGCUGGGGUUGGGGUUGGGGAGGGAGUGGGGAUGGACGGGGUGGGUGGGGGCCGGGACGUGCAUUACCAGUGUAAACAACGUUGGAUGGGACAUCUAGUCAUUAGUGUUCUAAGGCGCCUCCCUCGAGCUGGUGCCUCUGGUCCGGGCGGGGUCGUGACCUGCUUCUGGGUGAAAUCACAAAGGCAUUACUAAAAUAAUCGUGACAAAAUUAUUGGCCCUUGCCUCAGGUUGAUUGAGUCAGGAAACAAUAAUCCGACAGUUUGGGCCAUUCAGAGCUUCAUAACACAUGCCAUCAGACUUUGCUCUCCGAAGCAGGUCACGGACGGGUCAGACCAGGUCAAGGCGCACCUCAGGUCAGGACGUGGUCUGCUUGCAUAUCAGGUAUAGUCGCCAUUAUUCCUAAUUUGUAUAGCAGUAACCUGUGGGACCACGGAUUUUAUGGCUUUUCUACCCUUUAUACUACUUUUUAUAAAUAUUAGUUACGUAAGACUCACGUUAAACUGUAUGAUGUAAAUAGUGUGCGGUGGAUGGUUGGGUCACUUUGUCUCAAGCGCAGCAACUCAGUCCUGCCCCGACAUCUUCGUCAUGGGGUUGCUGUUGCCUCGGCGCUUGGACGAAUGAGGUGAGCGACGUGGCGGGCAGUGGUGGGCCGAGCAGCGCACUCACUAACAGCACAACGGGCCUGCUCCUGUGCAUGCUCGUGGUGUCAAUGAUAAUUACAAUGUUCGUUUCUGCUUCGUUUUUUACACAUUGUCUUGCCUUACAUUUUCUAGUACAGACGCGUCACUGCUUCUCACAAGGCAUAAGCUUAAAGUUUCAAUAAUUAUUUUCUCUUUAGAGGUUGAUGGGCAAUGAAGCCAGAAUCAGCUCUUCGGGGCACCGGAUAGAGGACUGAUGGAGUUACCUCUUGCACUACGCUGUCAGUGAUAUUGUUUUCUUAUCAAACGGCAUCUCAUUCACUUUUUUUACAUGCUUUAUAUGUAAGUUAGAGUCUUUUAAAUAGUUUCCUAAAUAUAGGUAAUUGGUGUAUUUAGGUGAGAUGCAUGGAACAGGUAUUUUCUUUCAUUUUUAAUUUUCCCAGUUUACAUAAAAAGUUGAUUUACUCGUCCAGUUCGCCUACAGUAUCCAGUUAGCUGCUCAGUUUGUUCAGCCUGUAGCAUCCGGUCCGUUUCUUCAGUUAGUUUGCCAGAUAGUCACUUCAGCAACAGCAAAAGCUUGACUGAUUUCGCUAUUUUGCAACUUAUACUGUUCUGUGUUAAUGUACAACGAUAACCUGCUUCGCUGUUAUGGUCACGCUAAAAAUGAAACUCGCUUAAAGUGUUUCAUAAAAAGUUAAUUAUACUCUCGCAUUUACUUCGGGCACAAGACAUUACGAGCACCACCACCACCACCACCACCACCACCACCAUCACCGAAAGUAGCCGCACCCUGGACACGCGGGGGCGGCCUGUAGGUAGUCUUGGAGAAGGGACUGUUUCACGUUCCUCUCGCCUUUGGUAAGAAGCUUUAAAUAUUAUAUUGUAAUACCGUAUGUUUUCUAACGCUAAGGUAUUUUCUAUUUAUGUGUGUGAGUGUGUGUGAACAACAUUUACAGUAAUAAAGACGAAUUUUGAA